UUCACUUCAUCCGACGCUCCCAAAUGAACCGUCUGCCAUUCAAACUCUGGUCCAAGAAGUCCGCUUGGCCACCGGCCACCUCUAUAAAGCCCGGGUUCCUCGUACCAGCUGCAUCCUCAAGCCUCCAUACACAUUCAUCUCUAGAACUAUGUCCUCUGUAAUGGCUUCAUCUGUUAGCUUUAGUCUUGGCCUGCCCUUGCUGAGCUCACCAUCUCCUUGCUUGACCUCUUUCCCUUCUUCUGCCGCUGGCCAUGGCGCCGCAGCCCUGAGUCGUGUGAAACCCACAAAGACUGGUAAAGGGUUGGUGGCGGCGGCGGCGGCGAAAGAAGCCGGUGGUUCGGCCGUGGAGGCGCUGGUUUUUCAGCCCUUUGAAGAGCUGAAGAGGGAGGAGUUUCUGGUGCCGAUCUCUCCCUAUGUUUCGCUCGCUCGCCAGAAGUAUGAGGACGAGUGUGAAGCUGCCCUCAACGAGCAGAUCAAUGUGGAAUACAAUGUCUCGUAUGCGUAUCACUCCAUGUUUGCCUACUUCGACAGGGACAAUGUUGCUCUCAAGGGCCUUGCCAAAUUUUUCAAGGAGUCAAGUGAAGAAGAAAGGGAACAUGCCGAAAAGUUGAUGAAAUACCAGAACAUACGUGGUGGAAGAGUGACGCAGCACACCAUAUUGACGCCGCCUUCAGAAUUUGAUCAUGUUGAGAAGGGUGAUGCAUUAUAUGCAAUGGAACUAGCAUUGUCCUUGGAGAAGUUAACAAAUGAGAAGCUUUUGCUGUUACACAGUGUGGCUGUGCGAAACAACGAUCCUCAGAUGACCGACUUCAUUGAGAGCGAGUUUCUUAAGGAACAGGUUGAAGCCAUUAAGAAGAUUGCAGAGUUUGUGAGUCAGUUGAGAAGGGUUGGGAAAGGACACGGGGUGUGGCACUUUGAUCAGAUGCUGCUACACGAGGACAAUGGCGCAUUCUGAAGAUUUAUCUGUUUCUGCUCUGGAUAUGAUCUGUGCCUUUAUGGCUUUUCUUAAGGUAUUGUUUGUUACAAAGCUUAUGUAAUAGAGAUGGUGUGAGUAUGAGUAAUCAAGCUAUUAGCAUGCUGUAUUCAUGAAUUACUAGCAACUUUAUCAAAACUACUAAUGGAAGCCAGAUGGGAAUUUCGUUGAUCA